AUGGUUUAUUACUUGUCAACUGUUUAUUUAGUUGACAUUAAAAUUAUUGAUAAAAAUGAAUACAUAAAUGUAGUAGUUAAAACACCAUCAAAUAUUGAAGAUAAAAAAAAUCUAUUGACAGUUCGUGAACAAUUUUACAAUGAAGUGUUAUUUUAUAAUAAAGUAGCUGUUAAUAGUGAUGUAUAUCUUCAACUUCCAAAAUGUUUCUAUGCUUACAAUAAUCAGGAAGAUUAUCAAGAUGGAAUGAUCAUCAUGGAAAAUAUUGCAUCACUGGGUUAUGCAAUGUGUCCAGACUCAUAUAAUAUUCCAUUUGAAUAUGUUAUUUCUGGAGUUCAAGAAGUUGCCAGGUUCCAUGGAAUGGGAUACUCCAUUAAAACACGUGAUCCAGAUAAUUUUUUUACUAUUGUUAGUGAAAUUAAAAGUGCAUUUGUAUUUUUGGGAUGUUUUUUUCCUGUAUAUAUGAAUUUAAUAUCAAUGAGACCAAUUAAAUGGCUACGUGAACAAAAUUAUGAUGAAGAAUUUUGUAAUAAAAUGGAGCAUUAUAUGAAAAAUGCAUAUCAAUAUUUUAUUUUAGACUUGAACAAACCCAUUGAACCACUUGCAGUAAUUUGUCAUGGUGACUUUACAAUAAAUAAUAUUUUAUUUCGCAAGACAAAUGGAGUUAUUGAUUCUAGAUUAAUUGAUUUUGCUAUGAUGCGUUAUGCAUCACCAAGCACUGAUUUAUCAACAUUUUUAUAUUUCAGUGUUUCGAAAAAUGACAGGAAAGAACGAUUUAAUGAAAUAUUUAAGGCUUAUCAUGAUGCCUUGAUUAAAUAUCUUAAUGAUGAAAAUAUUAAAAUAAUGGAUUGUUUUUCUUAUGAUAAUUUAUUGGCAGAUUAUAAGCAUCAUGUUAUGUUUGGAUAUAUUAUGGCAUUAUUUUUCAUUCCAAAUAUAUUAGGUUUGAUCGAUUUGGCAAAGACUACUUUUGAUAAUGAUACUGAUCCACUAAAAGUAUUUGAAAAGACAGAAAAUCUUGGUGGUGAAAAUUUAUCAAAACUUUUUGCUGAAAUGUUAAUUGAUAUUCGUGAAUUAGGAGGUCUUGAUCAUCUUGAAGAUUUAUAA